AAACUAAUCACAUCAUAACAUUCUCAUAGCUCCUAUUUAGUUCAAAAUAGCAAUAAAAACAUGGCAAAGCUAGCAUCAAUUGGUGUGAUCCUAACAAUCUCAUGCUUGCUAGCGUCCGUGCUGAGCGUGGACGCUAGAAAGCAAGACGACCUUGUCGUCGAGGAAGUCACAGGCUUCCCCGACAGCUUCUGCCGCGGAAAAGAAAAAUUCAUAAAUUUCCGUGUCUUCGUCCAGGAUCUUAGCGUGAACCACCCCAACACCACUACGUACGACGUGGCGCAAGCCUCCAUCACCGCCAACUCGAAGACGGGAUUCGGCAAAGUCCGCGUCAUCGACGACCUCAUCACGGCCGCGCCAGCCGCCAACUCCAAGGCGCUCGGGCGCCUCCAGGGGCUCCUCACGAGAGCCGACCUAAACACGAUAGCCAUAGCGGUGAACCUCAACUUCUAUUUCUCGGCGGGGCCCUUUGCCGGCUACACGCUCAGUAUUCUCGGUCGGAACGAGAUCGCCCUGGCCCAGCGAGAGCUCACCGUUGCCGGCGGCACUGGAGUUUUCCGAUUUGCACGUGGAUACGCAAUUCAAAAGACUAAUUCAACCGGAACUAAUGUGUCGGUGUUGGACUAUAACAUCUACACCACCUAUUGCUCUACAAUCAAUAAGGUUGCCGAUAUGUGAUAAGGGAAUUAUGAUGAAUUUCCACUUUGAUUGUGUUUAUGACUUUGUUUUGUUAGCAUCCGUCGCUAAAACACUGUGUCUUUUCCUUUUCAUUUCUAUGGAUGAAAAUUUCCUUUUCUCAAA